AUGCCUUCUGCAGUGCAGAUCCUCCUGAUCACUGUCGGUGUCCUACAACUCGGGGUGGGAACUUCUUUGAACAGUUGCAUUCUGGUAUUCAGCUUCAAAAACCUGAAGAACAGGCUCAGUGUCAAUCCAACCAAUCUGAUCUACUCUGUCAAGGGGCUGGUGAAUAUCUUCUUGCUGUUGGUCCUGACUACAGAAAAUGUAGCUACUAUACUUUGGCCCAAUGUAUUGUUGAACAGGGAAUUACAUUUAACGAUGACCUUUCUGAUGCUGAGCCCGAUUUAUUACAACUAUUGGCUCACCGGCUGGCUCUGUGCUCACUAUUGUCUCAGCAUCUCCAACUUCACUCAUAAGCUCUUGGUUGGGUUUAAAAGAUUCCUCUCGUCUUUCCUGCCUCGGGUUCUUCUACUAUCAGCAAUCAUCUCAUUUGUUAUGAGUGUCCUGUCUAUCUGGGAAAUCCACAUUUCUCAGGAGCCUCCUUCUACAAACAGUACCCAGGAUGCCCCAUCCAUCUCUGUCGUCUACUUUAUACCCAAAGCAUGCAGAUUGGUGGCGACAAUUUUGGGCUGUUGUCUGCCCUUGAAUCUCGCCCUGGUCUCCAUUAGAGUCACAACGUCAUCCCUUAUAAGACAUAUGACGAAAAUGAAACAGAACUUCUCUGGAAAUAAAGGUCCCAACCUCCAAGUCCUGAUCAACACAACAAGAACAAUGACCCUGUUUCUCGCUCUCUCUGUCAUCUCUUAUAUUAUUUGUUUUGUAUUUCUCUCAGGUACCUCUUCGUACGACACAAUGAUCAUCAGCUUUCUCCCAAUCAUGACUUUUCCUUUAAUUGAAGCUGUUAUCAUCAUCCAGGCCGUUCCUAAACUGAGGAAUAUGGUUGUGGGAAAGGUCUGUGCUGGGACAAGGUGGAGCACUGAGAUUGAAAACCGCACCUAG